UGAUAGGCACACAGACAGGACAGAUAAUACACUAUGCUGUGCGGUCCAAAGAUUGUAGAGUUUGUUCUUCAGCAGCUUCAAGAAAUGAGCCACCUAAACCUCACGACUGCUAUCAAAACUGGGAAGGAAGUGCUAAAGCGAUGAAGACUGACAUGGUCACCCAGAUGGUCAAAGAUGUUGGGGAGAAGGGUUUCACAGUUGAUGCAGUUGUUGGUAAUGAAGAUUCUACCACUAUAGGACGCUUACGUGCAAAUGUUAAUGAAGAAGAUUGAGAAGAUAUCUGACAAGAAUCACAUACGUAAGCUGCUGGGAAACUCUCUGUAUGCACUAAAAAAACAACACCCAAUGCUAACAGUGAAAGUUAUCAAAUAUCUCAAGAGAUGUUUUGACUACAUUGCUCAAGGAAAGAAGAAUCCUUCACAGAUUUCAUCUGAUCUUGAUGCACUCUCAAAACAUCCAUUCGGAGACCAUCAUUGCUGUUCAUCUCGAUGGUGCAGAUUUAUUAAAUCGGUAACCCAGAUUGCCAAUACAAAUCGUUCCCUCAUAGAAAACCCCUUGUCAACCAAACAUCUGCAGUCAUAUCUGGAGAAAGUUUUUACCGCUUAUGCUGGUCAUAGUAAUAAGCUCUCAUCUCUUGGAAUCACACAAGGAAACGAAAGUUUCAAUCACAUGGUGGCAGCUAAGGCUCCAAAUAACGUUCAUUUCAGUUCUUCGGGAAACCUUUCCUACAAAGUUGCUGCUUGUGUCGCACAAAAGAACAAUGGCCAUAAGUACCUUGUCAGUGUGAAUCGUUCAUUGGGGCUUUCAUCAGGUUUCUUCACUGAGCGCCUUGCCUUAGAGAUUCCCAGCGUAUAAAGCAAAGAGCUGUUGCCAACUCCCACAAGUUCAAGAAAACAAGA